AGCAGUAGUUGUAGAGCACAGAGAGCGGGGAUCGGAGCGGGCAGUCAGUCGGCAGUCUCAUAGCGGCUUCGCUGGUGUGGAUGGUAGCCUACUGAGUCGGACGGACUUUUUCCCCGGGAUAUUCUGCAGCAUCGCCGGGAUGGAGGGAUGAUGGGAUGGAUGUGAAAAUGGGCCAGUGGGCAGGGAUGCGAGCCCCUCUCCUCGGCCUGGCCCUGCUGCUGCCAUUGCUGCUCUUCAAGCCACCACCCUGCUGCGGCCAGAACACCCAGGGUGGCCUUCAGGAUGAACCUCACUUUGGCUUCACUCAGGCUGUCUAUCACGCUAUGGUUUACGAAAACUCAGCAGCACGCACCUAUGCCGACAGUAAAGUUAAGAUGGGCAUCCACCUCGCCCAGCGCUCCUGGGAGAUCCGCUACAGAAUCACAUCAGGUGAUGAUGAAGGACUUUUCAAGGCAGAGGAGUACAUGCUGGGCGACUUCUGCUUCUUGCGCAUAAGGACUAAAGGUGGCAACGCAGCUAUCUUGAACCGAGAGAUUCAGGAUAAUUAUGUAUUGACAGUAAAAGCCUCUGUCAAGGGAGAGACCCUCCUUGAGACCUGGACUAAAGUCAGCAUCCAGGUCUUGGAUAUGAAUGACCUGCGACCCUUGUUUUCACCCACUACUUACUCCGUCACCAUAGCGGAGAGCACCCCUCUCAGGACUAGCAUAGCACAAGUUACCGCCACAGAUGCAGAUAUUGGCUCCAAUGGGGAGUUUUACUAUUUUUUCAAGGAGAAAAUUGAGCUAUUUGCUGUACACCCAACCAGUGGAGUGGUUUCUCUCAGUGGAAAGCUAAAUGUUGAUGAGCAGAACCGGUACGACUUAGAAAUCCUUGCGGUAGACCGUGGCAUGAAGCUCUAUGGAAAUAAUGGGGUCAGCAGCACAGCCAAACUUUUUGUCCAUGUAGAGCGCGUGAAUGAGCAUGCCCCAGUCAUGAAUGUGGUCAUCCACAGCCCCUCGGGGCUUGAUAAAAACCCUGUGUAUGCCAUGGUCACUGUUGAAGACUUAGAUGAAGGCUUAAAUGGAGAAGUAGACUCAGUGGUCAUUGUUGGUGGAGACCCUUCAGAGCAAUUUUUUGUAGAAAGAUCUGUGGAAGGUGAGUUUGCUAUAAAGGCCUCCGAGUCAUUAAAUUGGGAAACUUACCCUGAUGGAUGUAACCUUACUUUGCAGGCUAAAGACAGGGGAGCCCCACAGAAGUUCUCUUCUGUCAAGGUUGUUCACAUUAUGGUCAAGAAACGGCAGACAGCAGAAGCUGCGUUUGAGCGAGAGUUGUAUGAUGUUAGUCUGAAUGAAAUUUCACCACCAGGCACGAUUGUAGAGGCUGUCAAAAUCAGGCCAGAGCCGGAUGAUGCAGAAUAUAUCUUGACACCUUCUGCAGAUUCAGCUUUUUUUCAGAUGAACACACUAACAGGCACAAUCUCCACCACUCAGUGGUUCACUCAGGUGUCCCAGGAUGUCUUUAAUCUGGAGGUAUUGGAAAUAGAUAGUGAGCUCAAAGUUAAAGUGCGGGUAACCAUUCAAGAUGCCAAUGACAACCCACCAACAUUUGAUCAGGCUUCUUAUGAGGUUUUGGUCAAUGAAAGUGUACUUGUUGGGACCAAUGUAUUGACAGUUUCUGCAGUGGAUGAGGAUAAAGGAGAAAAUGGAUACAUAACUUACAGCAUUUCCAGCCUUCAGCCAUUACCCUUCAAAAUCAAUCAGUUUUCUGGUAUCAUCAGCACCACUAAAGAGUUGGACUUUGAAUCCUCAUCAGAGAGUUUUGUAUUUGUUGUAAGAGCAUCUGACUGGGGGUCACCUUACAGGCGAGAGAGUGAAGUCAAUGUAACAAUCCACCUGGAAAAUUUAAAUGACAACCAGCCAUUGUUUGAGAAGGUAGCGUGUCAGGGUGUGAUCUCCAGGGAUUUCCCUGUGGAUGAAGUGAUUACCACAAUGUCUGCGAUUGACAUAGAUGAGUUGGAGCUAGUAAAAUAUAAGAUAAUUUCAGGGAACGAAUGGGGUUACUUCGACCUCAACCCUGAUUCAGGGGUCCUUUCACUGCAACAUUCCCUAGCCACAGCCAGUCCAAAGAACGGUGUCUUUAGUAUUAAAAUAACUGCAACAGAUGGUGAGAACUUUUCUGAUCCUAUGUUUGUUAACAUCUCUGUUGCUCAUGGCAAAUCUCCUCCCAAAAGUUUCAACUGUAAAGAGACAAGGGUAGCCCAAAAGUUAGCUGAGAAGUUACUCAAAAAGUCCAAAGCUAGCACCAAGCCCAAGAUCGAGGAAGAUUUUAUUGACCUUUUCUCUGUCAAUCGGCAAACACCCCAGUUCGACAAAGCUUUCCCCACAGAUAUUGCUGUACGGGAAGACCUAAAAAUUGGUUCGAGUGUUUUCAAGGUCAAUGCCUACGAUGGUGACACAGGUUUCAACGGUCAGAUUCUAUACUCUAUUUCAGAUGGAAACACUGACAGCUGUUAUAUCAUUGACAUGGAUACUGGCCUUAUCAGUGUCUUCCUCCCUAUGGACAGGGAAAAGAGGGAUCGUUAUCUUCUCAACCUAACUAUCUAUGACCUCGGCCUGCCACAAAAAACUGCCUGGCGUUUGCUUACUGUCUACAUAGAGGAUGCUAAUGAUAAUGCACCCCAGUUUUUGCAAGAAGAAGGCUAUAGAAUUGUCAUACCCGAAAAUACUGCCAUAGGUAUCGAUGUCAUCCAGGUUGAGGCCACUGACAAAGACCUUGGACCUAAUGGGGAGAUUGUAUACUCUGUUUUGACCAGCACCAGACAGUUUGGUAUCAACUGCAGUAAUGGGAUAGUGUAUGUUGCUGGCCAACUAGACAGGGAGUUUGUUUCAGCUUUUAACCUGAAGAUUGAGGCCCGGGACAAGGCAGAGAAAGGGGGCCAGAGGUUUUCUGUGAUCACUUUGAAAAUCAUAUUAGAGGAUGUGAAUGACUGUCCCCCACUAUUUAUCCCCAAUGUGUACAAAGCCAGGGCUCUGGAGGAUCUUCCAGUAGGAACUGUUGUGGCAUGGUUAGAAACCCAGGACCCAGAUUUGGGGUUGGGAGGCCAGGUCCGGUACUCUCUAGCCAACGACUACAAUGGAUGGUUUGAGGUAGACAGGGCCAGCGGGGCUAUUCGGCUGACAAAAGAGCUAGACUACGAGACCCAGCAGUUCUACAACCUCACUGUGAAGGCCAAAGACAAGGGAAGGCCUGUUUCUCUUCUCUCUGUCACCUUUGUAGAGGUGGAGGUCGUAGAUGUGAACGAAAAUCUCUACGCUCCGUACUUUUCCCACUUUGCCUUGACAGGAUUAGUUAAAGAGAAUGCCCGGAUUGGAACUACCCUCCUCCAAGUCAUUGCUAACGAUGAUGAUGCUGGCAGAGAUGGAGAAAUCCAGUAUUCCAUUCAUGAUGGCAGUGGACUUGGACGAUUUGCCAUUGAUGAAGAGACAGGGUUGAUCUACACUACGGAUAUGUUGGACCGCGAGACCAAGGACUCUUAUUGGUUAACAGUGUAUGCCAGCGACCACGGUGUUGUUCCCCAGUUUGCGACUAUUGAGGUGUUCGUCCAGGUGGAGGAUGUUAAUGAUAACGCCCCGCUGACCUCAGAGCCACUGUACCGGCCCUCAGUCCCCGAGAACUCUCCACGGGAUGUUUCUGUGAUCCAGAUCCAGGCCCAGGACCCUGAUGCCUCACCCCCUGCAGCCGCUGACAGGCUCAACUACCGCAUCCUCAGUGGAAAUCCACAGAACUUCUUCACUGUCAACACCCGCACUGGUCUGAUCACCACAACCUCCAGGAAACUGGACCGUGAACAACAAACAGAACACGUUUUAGAGGUGCUGGUGUCAGAUGGUGGUCCUAGUCCUAGGCAGAGUACAGUGUGGGUGAUGGUUCAGGUCCUGGAUGAAAAUGACAACAAGCCCACAUUUCCUGAGAAGGUCUACCAGGUCAAACUUCCAGAGAGAGAGCGUAGAAAGAAGGGCGAGCCCAUCUAUCGGGUGUUUGCCUACGACCGUGAUGAAGGGCCCAACAGCGACCUCUCCUACAGCAUCGUGGACGGAAACGAGGAAGGGAAGUUCUUUAUCGACCCCAAGACUGCAGUUGUAUCUUCACGCAAGGCCUUCACUGCAGGGAGCUACGACAUUCUGACUAUCAAAGCGACAGACAACGGGCGUCCUCAGAAAUCCUCCACAGCUCGCCUGCACAUCGAGUGGAUUCGUCGAUCCCCUCCCUCAACUGUCCCAGUACUCUUCGAUGAGCCAUUCUAUAAUUUCACUGUCAUGGAGAAUGACAAGGUGGCAGAGAUUGUGGGUGUGGUGUCCCUGCAGCAGAGCUCCGCCCCCUUGUGGUUUGACGUCACAGGUCCCAGGUCUUUCCGUGAGAUGUUCUAUAUACUGCAGAGUGGUUGUGGCAGGAACUGUUCCUCAGAAGGUGGGAACAGCGACAGCGUGUUUGACGUAGAGAAGGCUGUGGGCACCAUCAUCAUCGCCAAGCCUCUGGAUGCUGAGCAGCGUUCCUUCUACAACCUGACGGUGCAGGCCAGCGACGGCACCAACACUGCAUACACACAGGUUCACAUCACUGUUAUGGACAACAACGACAACGCUCCCAUCUUCUCCCAACCAACCUAUGAGGUCACUAUGUCUGAAGACACUCCACCUGACACUGAGGUGGUCCAGGUUCUGGCAUCGGACCGUGAUGAGCAUCACCGGCUGACCUAUUCUCUGCAGAGCUCAAUAGACCCAAGUAGCAUGCGUCUGUUCCGCAUCCACCCCACCCUAGGCAUCAUUUACACUGCUCAGAGGCUGGACCACGAGGCCUGUGCCCAGCACAUCCUCACUGUCAUUGUGAAGGACCAAGAGUUCCCAUACAGGAAGAACCUGGCCCGUGUGCUAAUAGAAGUGGAGGAUAUAAAUGACCAUGUACCCAUCUUUACCAGUGCGCUGUAUGAAGGCUCAGUCUAUGAGUCAGCAGCAGUGGGAUCAGCUGUGGUCCAGGUGACUGCCUUGGACAAAGACAAAGGCAUGAACGCAGAGCUACACUACUCCAUUGAAGCAGGAAACACUGGAAAUGCAUUCCAUAUUGAACCAGUUUUGGGUAUCAUCACUGUUGCUUGUGACCUGGACUUGUCCAGCAUAGGCCAUUAUGUUCUCACUGUGAGAGUCACUGACAAUGGCUCCCCUCCCCUGUCCACCACCACUAUAGUGCGCAUUGCUGUCACCCUCUCUGACAAUGCCGGACCAAAGUUCCCUCAGCCUGAAUACCAGGCUGAAAUCACAGAGAAGGCCGUGAUGGGGACCUCCGUUACCACAGUCAGUGCAGUCAGCCAGUCCACCCUUACUUAUGAUAUCAAGCAGGGCAACACAGAUCAUGUUUUUCAGUUAAAUCAGUACAGUGGAGUCAUUUCUACCCAAAAGCCUUUAGACUAUGAGACUACAGCAUCUUACACCUUGAUAGUCCAGGCUACCAACAUGGCUGGCAUGGCUUCUAAUGCUACUCUGUUAAUUCAGGUAGUGGAUGAGAAUGAUAACCCACCAGUUUUCCAGCAACUUCGCUAUCAUGGCAGCAUCAUCGAGGCAGCACCAGUCAACAGCGUGGUCUUGAACUCAGAUGACUCACCUCUCGUAAUCAAGGCCACUGAUGCGGACCGCAACCAAAAUGCUCUGUUAGUCUACCAGAUUGUUGAGGACACUGCAAAGAUAUUCUUCACAGUGGACUCAGGUACUGGCUCCAUCAGAACCAUUGCUAAUCUAGACCAUGAGAUAUUUGCCACGUUCCACUUCCACGUUCAUGUGAGAGACAAUGGCAAGCCACAGUUGACUGCAGACAGUCCAACAGAGGUCACAAUACAAGUGAUUGACACAAAUGAUUCACCGCCUCGCUUCACCCAGAAUGCCUAUGAAACAGUUCUGCUACUCCCCACCUAUAUGGGAGUAGAAGCUUUGCAGGUUUCAGCCAUAGACCCGGACAAAGAUGUCCCUACAGAGCUCACCUACUCUCUGACUGAUGGAGUACUGCAGCACUUUGCCAUCAAACCUUCCAGUGGAGUUAUUACAGUCAAACACAACAACUUCUCCAAAGAACGUUUCCGCUUCAGUGUCAAAGUUUCAGAUGGGAAAUUUUCCAGCACAGCUCUGGUGACCAUUCUUGUUCGAGAGGCUCUGGACUCUGGUCUCAGCUUUACUCAUAACCUUUACUCUUCAUCCAUUCAAGAGAAUGUAUCAAAUAUCACCAAAGUAGCUGUGGUCAAUGCCGUGGGAAACCGUCUCAAUGAACCAUUGAAGUACACCUUAUUGAAUGCUGGAACGAGCUUCAGAAUUCGUCCAACUUCUGGUGUAAUUCAAACCACAGGUAUACCCUUUGACCGUGAGGAGCGUGAGUUCUACGAACUGGUUGUUGAGGCAAGAAGGGAGCACGACCAUCUGCACGUGGCCAGAGUUAUGGUUCGAGUCCACGUUGAGGACAUAAAUGAUAACACCCCUGUGUUUGUUGGACUUCCUUAUUAUGCAGCUGUUCAAGUAGAAGCUGAGCCAGGAUCACCCAUUUUCAGGGUCAUGGCAGUAGAUGGUGACCAAGGGGUUAAUGGAGAGGUUUCUUACUAUCUCAAGGAUGACCAUGGUCACUUUGAGAUCAACCAGCAGACAGGUGGUCUCAGCCUCAAGAGGGCUUUUGAGUCAGACUUGUCCAAUAUGGAAUACCAGAUGGUGAUCUAUGCCAGAGAUGGUGGUUAUCCACCUCUCUCAACUACUAUAGAGUUCCCCAUCACAGUAGUCAACAAAGCCAUGCCUGUCUUUGACAAAUCAUUUUAUUCUGUUUCUGUGAAUGAGGAUGUGGCUGUGCACACACCAAUUAUCGGCAUCAAUGCCACUAGUCCUGAAGGUCAAAACAUGAUCUAUACUAUAGUUGAUGGAGACCAAUCUCUUCAGUUUGACAUUGGUUUUGAUACUGGAGUUAUAAGUGUCAUCCACUCUUUGGACUAUGAAGCCACAGCAUUUUACCACCUGACCAUCAGAGCCACAGACUAUCUGACUGGUGCCCGUGCUGAGGUUGAUGUAGAUGUGGUUGUCCAGGAUGUAAAUGAUAACCCACCUAUAUUCCAGAAAAUGUCCUACAGGGUAGUUUUGUCUGAAACAGCCAUGAUUGGAACUCCAGCACUUCAAGUCAUUGCGACUGACAAAGACUCAGAGAAGAACAAUGUUGUCCGUUACCAGAUAUUCUCAGAUGUGCAUAACAGCACAGACUACUUUCACAUUGAUAGUAGCAGUGGAUUAAUCCUGACAGCACGUAUGCUAGACCAUGAACUUGUCCAAAAGUAUGACUUCAUUGUCAGGGCCACCGAUAACGGCUUCCCACCAUUGAGUAGUGAAGUAUCAGUCAUAGUUGUAGUGAAUGACAUGAAUGACAAUCCACCCAUUUUCAAUCAGCUACUGUAUGAGGCCUAUGUGAAUGAGUUAGCACCAAAGGGUCACUUUGUUACCUGUGUCCAUGCCUCAGAUGCUGAUAGCUCCGAUUUUGAAAAGUUGGAAUACAGCAUUUUGUCAGGAAAUGAAAGAAUGAACUUUGUGAUGGACAAAAGUACAGGAAUCAUCACAUUGUCCAGCCACCAUAAGCAAAGAAUGGAGCCUGUCUUCAGCCUCAAUGUUUCAGUGUCUGAUGGGGUGUUCACCAGCACUGCACAGGUUCACGUUAAGGUGUUGUGGGCCAACCUGUAUAGUCCAGUGUUUGGACAGAAUAUGUAUGAGACAGAGUUAAAAGAGAAUGCUGCUGUGGGAACCAAAGUUAUACAAGUAAAGGCAACAGAUGCAGACCCUGGAGUGUUGGGUCACAUCAUUUAUUCCUUUGUUAAUGAUGUGGGCAAGGACCAAUUCAGCAUUGAUGCAAAUGGACAGAUCACCACUUUAGAAAAGCUUGAUCGUGAGGACCCAGACAAUAAGGACAUUGUUCUGACAGUGGCAGCCCAGGACCCAGGUGGACGGGUCUCUUACUGUACAGUACAAGUUACUCUGUCAGAUGAUAAUGAUAAUGUCCCUUGCUUCCGUGCCACAGAGUACAGAGCUUCAGUCAAAUCUGAUGUGGCUGAAGGCUUUUUGGUGACACAGAUUCAGGCUUAUGAUCCUGAUGAUGGCACUAACGCCAAAGUGACAUAUUCACUUUACAGUGAGGCUCAUGUCCCUGUGGUGGACAUUUUGGCGAUAGACCCAGACAAUGGUUGGAUGGUGACUAAAGGCAGCUUCAGCCACUUGAGGAACUCUGUAUUAUCUUUUUUUGUAAAGGCUGUGGAUGGAGGAAAUCCAGUCCGGCACUCUCUAGUGUCUGUCUAUAUCCAUGUACUUUCUCCAGAUGCCUUCAUUCCUUCCUUCAGCCAACAUCAAUACUUAUUUAGCAUGCCAGAGGACACCCCCAUAGGUUCAGUCAUAGGGACUGUGCGCCUCAACACUUCUCCUGGAUAUACCUCGCUUUCUGCUACUUUUGCCCUGGUUAACGGAGAGACCAGAGAAAACAACGAAAAUGUGGUGUUUGUGGUGGAUAAGGAUACAGGUGUGAUCAAGCUUGAUAAGCUUUUGGACCAUGAGGUGAUAAAAGAAUACCAUUUGAAACUCACUGCCACUGUACAACAGGCUAAGCUGGAUUCUGUGACUUCUGUUAAUGUUGAAGUCAAAGUGUUGGAUCUAAAUGACAACAAACCAGCGUUUGAGGCAAACUCCUAUGAGGCCACAGUUAUGGAAGGAAUGUCAAUUGGAACCAGAAUCAUUAAAGUCCAAGCACUAGACCCAGACUCAGGGGCCAAUGGCCAGGUAACAUACAGUCUUGGGACAUUAAUCCAGUCAGAUGGGGAUUUAGAUACAUUGGUUGUCACCUUUAGCAUUGACAGCAACACAGGCUGGAUCUCCACACGCAAGGACUUGGACCAUGAGACCAACCCAUCCUACAUAUUCACGGUAGUAGCCUCAGACCUUGGGGAGACCCUAUCUCUUUCCGGUACCACCACUGUGACCGUAGCAGUGUCAGACAUCAAUGACAACCCCCCCAGGUUCCUGGAGCAAAGCUACUUCGGUUCAGUUCAGGAGAGUGACCCACCAGGCGAGGUGGUGGCUGUGCUGAACACCAGAGAUGAUGACAGCUCUGCCGUUAACCGUCAAGUCAGCUACCACAUCACUAGUGGGAACUAUCGUGGUGUGUUUGCACUCGGUCUGGUUCAGGGUGAAUGGAAGAUGUAUGUAAAGUGGCCACUGGACAGGGAGGAACGCAACCUCUACGUCAUCAAUGUCACCGCUAGCGAUGGACUCUUUGUUUCCCAGGCAACGGUGGAGGUGACAGUGAUAGACACCAAUGACAACAGCCCCAUCUGUGACCAUGCUGUGUACACUGCCUCCAUUUCAGAGGACCUCCCAGUAAACAGUGUGCUGCUGAGGAUUGGAGCUACAGAUGCUGAUGUAGGCGUCAGUGCCUGGAUCCAGUACUCCUUACAUGGUCCUGGAUCCCAGGACUUCAGCAUUGACCCGGACACUGGUGAGGUCAAGUCAUCUAUGAGUCUUGAUCAUGAGAUGACACCCUACUACCGGCUCGUUGCCCAGGCAACUGAUGGUGGUGGACGAUGGUGCCGUGCUGAGGUGCAACUGGCAGUAACUGAUGUGAAUGACAACCCACCCAUCUUCACCCUGUCACAGUACACUGCCAGUGUCUAUGAAGACACCGCCACCAAAGCCCUGCUCACUCGCAUUCAGGCCAUAGACCCUGAUGAAGCAGGUCCAGGCCGUAUGGUGGUCUACUCCCUGGCCGACUCUGCAGGAGGCUCCUUCUCUAUCGAUAAGUCCUCAGGCAUCGUGGUCCUGGAACGCAUUCUCGACCGCGAGGUCCAGCCGGCUUAUCAGAUAACAGUCCAUGCGUCUGACCAGGGUUCACCCUUGCCCCUCUCCUCAUCGGUCAAUGUCACUAUCACUGUGCUGGACAUCAAUGACAACCCACCUGUGUUUGAGCGGCGUGAUCAGCUUGCUACAGUGCCGGAGGAUGUGGGAGUGGGCACCGAGGUCCUGAGAAUUUAUGCUGCCAGCAAGGACAUAGGGACCAAUGCUGAGAUCACUUACAGUAUCCGAUCAGGAAAUGAGCAUGGGAAGUUCCACAUCCACCCACUGACCGGUGCCAUUUUAGUUGCCCAGCCCCUGGACUAUGAGACCUGCAGGGACUACUUUCUAACAGUGGAGGCUUGUGAUGGCGGCACGCCACCAUUGAGUGCAAUUACGACAGUGAACAUAAACCUGACAGAUGUCAAUGACAACGCACCCAUGUUCAGCCGUGACCUCUACGCUGCAGUGGUGUCAGAGGAUGCUACCACUGGAGAGUCUGUAGUCCAGCUGGUAGCAGAGGACGUUGACAGUCAGCUGAAUGGAGCCAUUCUCUACUCCGUUGUCAGUGGAGACCGAGACAGCCAGUUCUUCAUUGACCCCCUCCGUGGGGUCAUCAAGGUCAACAAGCCACUGGACCGUGAGACAGUGAGGACACACACACAAAUACACACACUUCUAACCUCUAGAAAUAGCAUCACAGUCGCACUUGAUUGUAGCAGUAAAGUACAGCUUUGUAACCUAUAGUUAGGUCAGCAUGAGAUCAACUGUUAGCGUUAAAUAUAGUGCAAUAUGUAUGUUAAACUAAAAUAACAGCUAUAGCUUAUGUUCCAUGAGUGCCACACACUGGAAUCUUGGUUAAAGACAUUUGCAAUUGCUCACACACUAAAAUGACACAUACAGCACAAUAA